GGCGCUUCAGGAACAGGAAGGACAUUUGACCCCCUCGCUCGUGCGCUUUACUUUCUGCAGGAGAACAAACGGUCCAACGCUGUAGCAAAUGGCUGCUGCGCGAUUAGUCCUAGUGUUUACAGAGAGUGAGGUUUAGUGAGUUUAGGAGAAAACAGACACAAACACACGCUUUUAGAGGAGAUUAACUAAAACACGGCAAGUCGUCGUAGAGCCGAGUGAGAGCUCGCGCGCCUGUGCAGCCAUAACAGCGAGCUGACUGCGCGUGCCACUCCGAUAUACAGUUUUGAAGACGACCCGAUUCCCAAAAUGUCCAAGGCACCGAAUUCUCCUUCUCACUCUCGGUCCCGCUCGAGGUCUCGGUCCCGCUCGAGGUCGUAUUCGCGAUCUCGCUCCAGCAGCCGCUCGCGCUCCAGGUCCAGGAAGCAUCGCUACAGCUCCAGAUCUCGCUCCCGUUCCCAUAGCCGUGACAGAAACUACCCUUCGAGAGAUUUUCAGAGCAACCGGGGGUACACGCGUGGUUUCCGUGGCUACCGGAGACCCUUCUAUCACAACCGUGGCCGGGGUCGUGGUUAUUAUCCACGUGGUUACCACAGAGGAGGAGGGGGAGGAGGAGGAGGAGGAGGUGGUGGCGGUGGUGGUGGUGGUGGUGGUUAUGGUUAUCGCAACAACUGGCACGGAGGUCACCGUGACCAGCAGCAAGCCCAUGAGCACCACAGCCCCAAAAGGGGACGCUCGCGCUCCCGCACACCCCGCAAGCGCUCCAGGAGCCGCAGCCGUUCCCAUUAUUCCGGCAAAUCCUCUUCCCGAUCCCGUCACUCCAGCUCAUCUUCGCGAUCCCCGUCCCCGCGACGCCGCAACUCUGGAAAAGCUCCCUCCAAGGAUUCAAAGAGUAAGAGCUCACCAAAUGAAGGAAAAGGCAAUAGCAAAGAAGCAGAGCCCAAACCUUCCGUAUCCAUUCCCGAGGAGCCACCGAGCAAAUGGGAGAACCUGAGUGACUACACCACCAGUCCUAAAACCUCUAAUCCAGAGCCUACAGCUCCACUAGGGAGUCAACCUGAGGUUAAAGUGUCCCUUUCUGGAGCUACAGGUAAUGGUUCCUCCGUUUGGAGAAGCAUUAGUGGUCCUGAAAACAAGAGUCCCCCAAAGCCAGCAACAGCGGCAUCUGGUUUUGGCUUCUUCUCCAAGGAAGACAUGAAGGCAGGAGAGAAAGCGGCCAUUUCCACCGCGUUCAAAAAGUUUCUGGCAGAGAAGAAAAAAUCCUCAUCCGACUGGGAUGACAAUCAGGGCGAAGAACCGAAUACCAGCGAUGCGGAAAAGGAGAAGAGUAACCGUAAACAAAAAGCCGCCUUCGAACUGGAUCAGGUUUAUGUCGAGUCGAAGGCCGAUAAAGGGCUUCCGUUUCUGGACGAGGUGGAAGAGGAGUACUCGAAGAGCCUGAGAGAGAGGAAAACCGAGGACGAAACCAAGUACAAGGCCAAACCCACUCUGUCCGCGAGGGAACUGUUCGAAGAGCGCUUUGGGAAGUGGGACGAUGACUACGUGCCCAACAAAGAUUCGUCGCAGCGGGAGGAAGAAAUGGAGGAGGAGGAACACGUGAUGGAAGAGCUUUACCGGAGCCGCAAGCAGGCAGCGCGCAAAGAAGAGAAGGCCGCCAAGAAGAAGGAGAAGAAGAAGAACCGUGUGAGUCCGACAUCCCCUUCACCAACCAGAAGCGCAGAGCGUAGCAAGCCCCUGUUCCCUUCAGUCAGGGAGUCGUCACCUCCCGCCAGAUCCUCUAAGAAGAAAGAGCCCGAGUUUAAUUUUAGCCUGAAAACGUUUAACGAUGACACAGAGAGCUCAUCUGGUGCUUUAGCCAAAGAAAGACGUUUGUCUCAGGAUCUUAUAUACCCUGUUAAGAAAGAGCAUGAGGAGUUCCGCUCCAUUUUCCAGCACAUUCAGGCUGCUCAGCUUCGCCGCAGCCCGUCAGAGCUGUUUGCUCAACACAUAGUCACCAUCGUCCAUCACAUCAAAGCUCAGCACUUUCGCUCGACCGGGAUGUCUCUGAACGAGCGAUUCGGCAUGUACCAAAGAAAAGCCGCACAGAUGGAAAUGAUGAGGAGAAAGAGUCCUGAGAUCCACAGGAGAAUUGAUGUGUCUCCCAGUGCUUUUAAGAAGCACGCUCGAGUGUUUGAGGAAAUGGAAGAGAGCGACUACAAGGAUUAUGGUAAAAAAUAUGAAGGAGAGUCAAUGGACCUGCGUUUGGAUAUUGAGCGACGUAAAAAAUACCCCAAACGUGAGGGGGGCAAAGGCUCAGCCGGGUCACGCACCCCCAGCCGAGAACUCUCUCCUGACAAAUCCUCCAAACACAAGAAGUCCAAGAAAAGCAAGAAGAAGCGCGAGCGUUCUCCUUCCUCCUCGUCCUCCUCUUCCUCUCCCUCACCCCACGCGUACCGAUCCAGAGAGUACCACGGCGAGGACAUGGAGCAUAUGGAGAAAGGGGGCUUCGAUAAGUCCCGCCUGGGGCCGCGAGAGUACCCCCGGGACUAUGAGGGGGGCCACAUGGAGAGAGGAGGCUUCGAGAGAGGAAGAGGAGGGUUUGAGCGCGGAGGAUUCGACCGACCGGGAUACGAUAGAGGACGCGGGGGUUACGAUCGGGGAUUUCCUAGAAUUAGAGGUAGAGGAUGGAACAGGGGAAAUUACCCCAACAACAAUAACAACGGAAACCCUGCUAAUAUGGGUGCGCCAGCACGCCCUCAGGAGGAGGAGUGGGACCCUGAAUACACCCCUAAAAGCCGGAAGUACUACCAGCACGAUGACCGUGACCGUGAGGGAGAGAUGAAGUGGGCGGACGGGCGUGGUCGUGGGCGGGGCAUGUACCCACGCAGCAGAGGCGGCUCCUUCACUGUGCGAAGAGGUGCCGGCCCAAGCGGGAGCAGCGGCAGCCCCAAGUGGACCCACGACAUGUUCCAGGGAGCCACGGAGGAGGGAGAGCUGCCCGACGACGGUGCUGAGCAUAGCCUCAAAGAUGAAGAAAAAGCACCGGAGAGCUCCGCCUCUAAACCCUAGACCACACCCACUCGCUCUUCUUUGUGUUUUUUCACGUUUUUGUUUUUAUAUAAAUGAGUAAAUUCACCACUGCAGUCCCCGAACACAGGUGUGCUGUACAGAUGGAGUGUUCAGUGCUGUUCUGCUGAGCCACUCCCUCUUUAUUCAGUCUCACGUUUAGAACAAGAUGCUUUCUGCUUACUUUUAUUUUAUUUUUUUGAAGUUAUUUUUUACUCUGUAAUUUUAGACCUAGCAGCUCCAGUCCACCUAAAAGUCUAACUGGAAGUAGUCCUGUGUGUACAUGACCCCUCCCCUUGGUUUUUUCUUUUUGCUAUGUGCAAUGGGGACGCACACUUGUGCCUUAGAGACGGGAACUGCAGUGAAGUGGAGCGCUCUCAUUGGUUUUUUGGGGUUUUGUUUUUUUUUGUUGUUGUUUUGUUCAUUUUAUUUACUUGCUCACUCUGUCUAUUCCCUCGUCCCCUUCUUCCUGUCUGACCGCCCCUCUUUCCUCCUGCCCUUCCUCUUAUCUGGAAUCUCGAUGUGUACCGAGGCGUGUGCGCGCUGUACAGGUCUCAGACUUCGUUUUAACCCGCCUCGUCCGUCCUGUCGACGUUAACCUCCGAGCCCGUCAUCCCUCUGGAAUACGCUUCCGCUGUGUGUUUUUAAUGAUCCGUAAUUAAUAAGUCACCAAGAGAGUUAGAACUGUAGUGGGAUCACUUUCAGUCAUGAUUGAUUUUUUUUCUUUUUUCCUUCUUCUUCUUUUUUUUUUUUUUUUAAAUCGUGUUCACUGUUGCGUUGUGUAACUGACAAAUGAGAUGAUUGUAAUGGCUUAUAGAUUUUCUUUUCUUUUUUUUUUUUUAACAUAUGUAAUAUUAAAAAAGAGAGGAAAAAAAGUCAACACCCCCAUCACGUUUUAGUCAGUAAAAAGUCAUUUUGUGUGAGAAGAAGGGUUAUUGUGGGGAAAAUAAAACAUGGUCUUUGUAUGCAAAACCACAGCUGAACACCCCGUGUAAUGAUAGAUCAUGUCGUAAUUCCAGUGAUCUGAGAGUAAUGAGCCAUAAUAAUAAUCUUAGAUGUGUGAUUUUGAAAAGUUUUCAACUCCGCUUUGUCGACUCUGCUCCACCCUUUUUCAUUUCCAGUGACACAUUUAUAAAUCUGUUUUGUUACAGUUUAUACUGUUCAGGCAACUCUCUAGUUUCUGUCUUUCCUCGUUUCCGUUUCAAUAAUAAUAAUAAAAAAAAAAACCCUCUUAA